AUGUCACAGCACUCAUCAGCGGACGAUCCCAGCGCGACACUCACGGCAGUGAUGAUGCAACACAGUAGGCGACGGGCAUGGCAAGACGAGUAUAUCGUUAGCACUCUCGUGUAUACAUCCGGCAGCACUACUCCUCGGCGCUGCCCUGCUCGCGGCAGCUAUGCCGCAAGCUCCAGCCGACUGCCCAAGGGCGUCUACGAAAUCCCGUUGCGCCAAAUUAAUGACAAAAAGGCCUACGGCAUGGAUGUUGAUGUCGGAACGUCGCCACAGAAAGUUACUCUCCUGGUCGAUACCGGAAGCAACACGUAUUCUGUCCAGUCUUCAUACGACAUCUGCUGUCAGGAGGCCAUGUGCAAAGACACCGCGUCCACACCGCGGAUGGCGAGGCCGUGGAAGAGGUGCACCAAGUCGGCCUCGAGCUUCACCCGCGAGCUCGUCAGCCUCGACCGCGAAAUGUGGCGGCAGCUCAGCCUCUGCUGCUUCAACGACAUGAGCACCAUGCUCCUCGUCCACGGUGGACGCAUGCUCGGCAUCAUCGGCCAGGAGCUGACCGACCUCGUCGCCCGUGGCGCCAUCACGCAGGCUGCCACCGCCCUCGACCGGGCAUCACGCAUACCAUUCUGCCCGCCGCCCUCAGCUGCAGCAACUCCUCGCCGAGUCCGACGACGCGCAGCAUGA